CAAAACUGUUUGCGUGGGUAGAACAAACAUAGUAGCUGCACUUUGGAGUUCGGGCUGAGGUUAUAUGGCCCCCGACUGAAGCGUGGUAAAGGACUAAAUCUGCUUUUGGUAGGCAUGGCAAUACUCUCUCUGCUUCUGCUGUCAGGGGUGCUGCUACAGCAAAGCUUACACAUUUCAGCAGCACCCAGGGCUGUGUUCCUGGAUGAACAAGACGCAGAUGCUGUUCUGCAGAGGAACAGGCGGGCCAACACAGGGGCUUUCGAGGAGUUUCUGCAAGGGAAUGUGGAGAGGGAAUGUAUUGAGGAAAGGUGCAGUCUGGAGGAAGCCAGAGAAGCCUUUGAAAAUGAUGAGAAAACGAUGGAGUUCUGGGCAGGUUAUGCUGAAGGGAACCCGUGUAAAUCGGCACCGUGUAAGAAUCAGGGCACGUGUGAGCUCCAGAAGGGGGCUUAUGUCUGUACCUGCUCAACAGGCUUCACUGGAAAGAACUGUGAAAUAGUGGCGCCCAGGCAGUGUGAUGUGAAUAAUGGAGGCUGCAUGCAUUUCUGUUCUCCGGUUGGAAAUCGGAGGGCAGAGUGUUCCUGUGCUCUUGGGUACAAGCUGGUGGGGGAGGUCAAGUGUCAGCCUGAAGUGAAGUUUCCCUGUGGCAUAAGAAAAGCAAGCAUAGGCGGCUCUACCAGAUCAUUAGGCAUCACCACAGCAAACAGCACAGCGGGCAAUAAUAAGAGAGUUCCAGUCCCUCAAGCACCCAUGACCAACCUCACCUCCAGCAAGACCAUCAGCCUGACCACCAGCCAGGUGAAUAAGAGCCACAAAAUCUUGCCAUCUCGCUCCAAAUUACCCUUGUGGAUGCACAACACUACAGAGCCACUCAACACAAGGAUCCGCAUCGUUGGUGGAAGCCAAGCAGCGCCGGGAGAAAUUCCCUGGCAGGUGGCACUGGUGAUGAACUCCACACAGCAGGUGUUCUGUGGGGGCUCCAUUGUGAGUGAGCUGUGGGUCAUUACUGCAGCCCACUGUCUAGAGGAGUGCAAAGAUAAAGACUUUAUUGUCAGAGUGGGCGAACAUGACGUUUCCAAAAAGGACAGCACGGAGCAGGACCUGGGGGUGGAGAAGAGAGUUGUGCACCCUCGCUACAACCCUGCCGUCAGCUUGUACAACCAUGACGUGGCCCUGCUCCGGCUGCGCAGCCCCAUUAGAUUCUCUGAGCAUGUAGGGCCAAUUUGCCUGGGGCCCAAAGCCUUCACUGAGUCUCUGCUGAACUUGGACUCUCUGGCUGUUGUGAGUGGCUGGGGCCGGCUGCGCUUUAACGGCCGGCCAGCAACAACACUGCAGAAGGUGGAGGUGCCGUUUGUGGAUAGAAGUGAGUGUAAGGACAGCAGCAGUGAUCGGAUCACACACGUCAUGUUCUGCGCCGGCUAUUCAGACGGGGCCAAGGACGCAUGCCAGGGGGACAGUGGGGGGCCUCACGCAAACCAGUUCCACAAGACAUGGUUCCUGACUGGCAUCGUCAGCUGGGGAGAAGAAUGUGCAAAGAAAGGAAAGUACGGGGUGUACACACGAGUGGGCAGCUACUAUAAGUGGAUACAGUACAUGAUGGGGAUCCUCAAAAAAGCACCACUCAAUGACGUUGAGAUGUGAUUUCCACAACUGUCACUUUGAGGACUAAUAUUUAGACCAUUUGUUUGGAACCAUUUCAUAUUAAUAAAAUACAAAACAAUGUAA